AAGUCUAUAAGAAGCACCUCUGAAGAAACUGGUGUUUCUGGAAGUCCCAUUUUUUUAAUCUAUUUUUUUUCUCUCAUUUUUGUUUGAGUUACAAGAAAAACUUCACACCCUAAUACAUGUUCAUAUAGUUAUAUAUAUAUAUAUAUACAUAAACUUAUAAACCCAUUAACACCAUCUUCUUCUUCUUCUAUCUCUUUCUCUUUCUUUCUGAGACAGAAACUAGAACAAAUGGCUUCCUCUACUUCACUGGUUUUUCUAGCUAUGAUUCUGGUAUUAUCACCUAUUGCUGUCUUUGGUCUUAGUUGGGAUGACAUAGCUCCUAGCAUUGCUGAGGAUAUAUGCCAAGAAGUGGAGUGUGGAAAGGGAAAGUGCAACUGGAAUAGAGCUCUUCCAUUAGGGUUCACAUGUGAAUGUGACGCUGGUUGGAAGCGAACACGUGAUCAAGACGAUGAAGAUGAUUACCCUUUUCUCCCUUGUGUCAUCCCUAACUGUACUCUGAAUUAUGGAGGGUGCCAGCCAGCUCCACCUCCAGUUCCAGAGAAGGAAGUUCCACGCAAUAUUUCUGCUUUUGAUCCUUGCUACUGGGCCUAUUGUGGGGAAGGAACAUGCACUAAGAACAGAACUCACACACACACGUGCCAGUGCAAAACAGGCUUCUUCAACCUUCUCAACAUCUCUGCUUUCCCAUGCUACAGUGAAUGCACACUUGGAUCCGACUGUUCAAGGCUUGGAAUCAAAGUAGCAGAUUCGACUGCUGGGGGUGGCAGCUCGAGCAAUAAUAGUAACCAAGCUACAUCUUUUCUGCCAGGAAAGUUUCAAAUGAUGAUCAUAUUUAUGGUGUCAUUCGGUAUGGCUAUGUGGAAGUAGGAUGUAAUCUAGUGGAGCACGAUUAUUGGAUAUGUACUACUCAGAUAGAUAGAUAGAUAUUUAUUUGCUCUGUCAUUGUCAUUGGCUUAUUUGGGUUGCGAGAUUAUUUUUGUAUAAAGUUUGAUUUGUAUAAAUAAGUGACAACAGUCAUGCUCUGAUUGCUGUAGCAUAGCAGUACAUUAGUACUAGCACACACUAUUUACUUUGUAGAACAUUUCAUUUGAGUAUAGUUAUUGAUGGUUGUUUUGAUUGUACA